CUGGCAGCCAACUUGAAAAAGCACCUUUUAUCGCCUCUUUGCCGUCUGCCAUCCAGCCAACCCACUAUCCACGCUAGUAUCUUCCCUUUAAUACCAUGGGCUCUCAUCUUCCCUAACAGCCUGACGUGCGGCACCUUAUCGAAGGCCUUCUAAAAAAUCUUGGUAAACAACAUGUACAGCCUCCCCUCUGCCUGUCCUGCUAUUAACUUGCUCAAAGAACUCCAGCAGAUUCGUCAGGCAAGAUCUUCCCUUCAUAAACCAUGCUGACUUUGUCCUAUUUUAUCGUGAACUUCUAAGUACUGCGUAACCUCAUAGUUUAUAAUUGAUUCUAAAAUCUUACCAGCCACCAAAGUCAGGCUAACCAGCCUCUAGUUUCCGCUCUUCUCCUUGGCUCCCUUCUUGUACAGCGGGGUGAUAUUCACAACUGUCCAAUCUUCAGGAACCACUCCAGUGAUUCUUGAAAUAUCACAUCUAAUGCCUUCACAAUCUCUGAGGCCAUCUCCUUCAGAACCCUGGGGUGCAGUUUAGAUGACUUAUCCACCCUCAGACCUUUCAGUUUUCCAAGCACCUUCUCCUUAGUAAUCACCACUCCACUAACUUCCACCCACCUGACUCUCUAGGAUUGUAGACACACAACUGGUGUCUUUACUGUGAAGACUGAUGCAAAAAAGAUUCUUAAAUUCCUCUGCCAUUUCUUGAUUUCACGUAAACACCUCUGCAUCAUUCUCCAGCAGCCCCACACCCACUCUUGCCUCUUUUUUACUCUUUAUAUAUCCGGAGAAACUCUUGCUAUCCUCUUUUAUAUUAUUAGCUCGCUUACAUUCGUACUUCAACUUUUCUCUCUGUAUUGUCCUUUUAAUUACGUUUUGAUGUUCUUUAAUAGCAUCCCAAUCCUCUGGCUUCCCACUAAUCUUUGCAAUAUAUGCUUUCUCUUUUGUUUUUAUGUUGUCCUUGACCUCCCAUGUUAGCCAUGGUGGUCUUAUUCUCCCCCUGGAAUCUUUCUCCUCUUUGGAAUGAAAUGACCUGCACCUUCCGAAUUAUCCACAGAAAUUCCUGCCAUUGCUGCUCUACUGUCAUUCCUACUAAAGCCCCUUUCCAGUCAAUCUUUGCCAGCUUCUCCCUCGUGCCUCGGUAGUCCCGUUUGCUCAGCUGUAAUGCUGACACAUCCAAUUUCACCUUCUCCCUUUCCAAUUGUAGGUAAGUCCUAUCAUAUUGCAAUGAAACAGGCAUUUGAAUAGGAAAGGCAAUGAAGGAUACAGACCUAAUUUAGAAAAUUAGGAUUCGUGUAGAUGAGCAAAAUGGUUGGCACGCACAUGGUGGGCCAAAGGGCCAGUUUCUCUGCUGUACCAUCAAUGAUUCAAAGGUAGACACAAAAUGUUGAAGUAACUCAGCGGGUCAGGCAGCAUCUCUGGAAAGAAGGAACGGGGGACAUUUUGGGUCAAGACCCUUCUUCAGACUGAAAGAUUUGGCUAGAUUACUACUGCCCUGGCAAAUGAACUUAGAGUGGCAUAAGUAGAUCAGAGGCCAUUUGAUUUCUGUAGUGAUGCCAUUUCUGUAGUGAUGCCUAUUAAUUUUGCUGAAAUUCUUUGUUAUUUUGCUACCGUUUUUUAACCAGAUCACAUUACAUUUUUCUCUUUUUUGCAUAAUCCUUUCCUUUGGCCUGUUGCCUUUGUUCCACUUUUGCUGUUCUUUGUUUGCCCUGUUCCCUCUGCUUACGCUGCAUUCCCUUCCUGCACUGAGAUGGCACAAUCUGACAUGCCUCAGGCAAACUCUGAAGAUGGUGAGUCCUCUGCUCACACACACACUGAGGAUGCCAGCUGCAAUGACCACUGCACCAGGAGGACAAGCUCCACACAGACCACUGUGGGUCAGAAGCAGCUUGCACAUUUUCUGAAGGAAGACUCCGAUGACUCUGAAGUAGAAUGGAUAAUGAAGGAGAACGGCAAUGAAAAAUUCCCUGUGUGUGUUAUCCAAGGGAAUUCUCCAAUAAAUGUAAUAUACCAGGAAAACUUAGAGAUCAAACCUGGAAUAUCAGAAACGUUGAAUUCAAAUUCACCAGGAACGUCAGAUGUAGAGAGAGACCAGUUCUGGCAACAGCCAUUCCAAACGCAACGGUCCGAUGGUCUUCUAGUUACUAUUGAGUCGAUGUCACAUAACUCCACAUCCAGGCCAAAGAGUCCUUUUGGAAAAUUGGACCCGUAUGACUCGUCUGAGAUGCACGUCCCAGCAACACCCAGUCUAGAACCAAAUGGCAUAGUCAUGGGAUUAUGGAAGUACUUGUACUUUGAAGCCGUGAAUCUUUGGAAAUUGCCACCCCAGAUAGAGAAAGAGUAUGUUGGCUUUGCGACGUUACCCAACCAGGUUCAUCGCAAGUCCGUCAAGAAAGGGUUUGAUUUCACACUCUUGGUGGCAGGAGAAUCGGGCCUUGGGAAAUCAACCCUGGUCAACAGCCUUUUCCUCACUGACUUGUACAAGGCGAAGGAUUUCCUCGACACAGAAGAGAGAAUCACACAGACUGUUGAAAUCACCAAGCAUUCGGUGGAAAUUGAGGAAAAAGGAAUCCGUCUUCGGCUCACAAUUGUGGACACACCAGGAUUUGGUGAUGCGGUCAAUAACCAAGAAUGUUGGAAACCAGUUGCGGAUUACCUGGACCAACAGUUUGAGCAAUACUUCCGUGAUGAGAGUGGCCUGAACAGGAAAAAUAUUGUAGACAAUAGAGUUCACUGCUGCCUUUACUUCAUCUCUCCUUUUGGACAUGGGUUACGUCCAUUGGAUGUGGAAUUCAUGAAAGCUGUGCACGACAAGGUGAACAUUGUUCCAAUCCUUGCCAAAGCUGACACACUGACUCCCGCAGAGGUUAACAAAAUGAAGUCAAAGAUCCGUGAAGAAAUCAAAUCUUAUGGGAUCAAAAUCUAUCAAUUCCCAGACUGUGACUCUGAUGAAGAUGAUGAAUUUAAACAGCAGGAUCAGGAAUUGAAGGACAGCAUCCCAUUCACUGUGAUUGGUAGCAACACUGUGGUUGAAGCCAAAGGAAGGAGAGUUCGAGGCCGACUUUAUCCCUGGGGAAUUGUGGAAGUGGAGAAUCCAACUCACUGUGACUUUGUGAAGUUACGAAACAUGUUGAUCCGAACACACAUGCAGGACCUGAAAGAUGUGACCCGUGAUGUGCACUAUGAAAAUUACCGAGCGCAGUGCAUCCAGAGCAUGACCAGGAUGGUAGUGAAGGAGAGAAACAGGAAGAAUGGCAUGACUGAACCAAGUCUACUUCCCAGGGCCUCAACCCUGAAAUCAAGUCAAGUUCUGGCAGAUUCGGCAGCAACUGUAAUAUUGCCCAAGAAAAGAACCUACAUGCCUUCAGCCGAGCAAACUUACAAGGGAAAGUGGCACAGAUUUCCCAAUUCCCAUUGUAUCAGGUCUGACGGAUAAUGAGACGGAGAAAAUAAUCCGGGAAAAGGACGAGGAGUUGCGGCGAAUGCAAGAAAUGCUGCAGAAGAUUCAGCAACAAAUGCAUGGCCAGAAACCUGAAGGGUUGUAGCACGCUGAAGGCACUGUUUACUUCAGGGAUUCGAGAUGUUUACAGUCUUCAUCCCUGCCCUCGGGCAGGGAGACCGUUCCUACACACAAAGCUUUGGGCUUGGAGCUCUGCCUGUCUAAAUAAUUGAUUUCAAUAUUUGACAACCCACCUUUCACUGGGGAAAAAUGCAUCCAUUUUAUAAAGCACUUAAAACAGUAGGAAUCUAACCUAGGUUAAUAGCUGCAAUAAAUGUUGGGUGUUGUACUAAUUAUGAGGCAUUUUCAACAUGCUUUAAUUAUCCCAUUUUGCUUCGUUGAAAGCAGGCUUGAUCUUUCUUCACCCAUACGUUAAUACCUAUGAUCUUUCCUGGUGGUGAAAUAGUUGAUUUUACCACUAUUAUCUUCUUAGGGUUUCUAAUGCAGCUAGAAUUAUAAAAAACGCAACUGACUGAACAUUUGUGGUCAGUAUUUAAGUUGUGAAUAGAACCCAGCAGAGAUUUCCACAACAUGCAGGCAGCACAAGCUUUCUAUUCAGUGCUUUAAAUUCCAACUUAGUCCUGAGGCACUAAUAAAGUCAAGAAUCUCAUCCUCAUUUCUUUUAGAGCUUACUGGAUAAUAACUUUACUGAAAGUUUUCAAGCACCAGGAAUGCUACUGAUCUAGUGGGAAUGAGAGAGAAAUAAAUGGGAGGCGUCAAUGAAAUUCAGAACAAGGCAUUUGAAAUUAAGGUGAUGCUUGCUGGAAAUGUGAAGCACCAAAAAUCAGAAAGUAGACCAGAAUUAUUCGAAGGAAAACCAGAAAGGCAGCAGAUCGAGCAGAAUCAGUGGGCAGAGAAAUAGGUCAGGGACCGUUAUUGGAACACUAGUAUUAGAAGCCACACAAGGCCUUUGAUGGAGGUAACAGACAAUUUAAAGUAUCUCUUGAACAGAUUUUUAUUUUCUGAGGUGUUAAAAAUUAUGUGCUGUAAAAGUCACUCUUUAAAUAUCUGAAAUAUUUAUGAAUCCUUAAUAACUAUACUUGUUAUCAUAAAAUGUCCACAAAUCUUAGGGCUUGCAUUCAAGUCCUUCAACGAGACCACAUAUGGUUCAGAAAUACGGUGCUCCUUUCGUUGAAAGGUAAUCCAAGAGGUUGGGGUAGCCCAUUGCUCAGUGUGUGAUGUGGAACACCUGGUGUGACUCCCACCCCCCAUCUAUACUGGUUCAGUCCUUGGACUCUGGCAGUAGAGAAUAUGGUGGUCAGGACAGCAGGGAGGUGGUCCUAAACUGGACCUUAAAAUUGUUGUGUCGGGUGAAUGGAGCAAAGGUUUCAUUGCUUUCUCCUGCGAGGUACCUUGUGCGGUCAGGGAUUUGAUCAGGCUCACAGAUGUUAUUCCCAGCUUCAAUCUAACACCAAACUUAUGCCUGUGAAGAAUGGGCAUUUGUGUUGAAUAAUGGAGGGCAGCCACUCUCUGUGGAACAGUACUCCAGUAAAAGCCAAUAAUAUAGAGGGAACGAGGACAGCAAAAUCAGGACGAUCAAACCUCCGAACUAAAACCUAUUGCUUCAAAAGGUUUGAAUGAAAUGGUUGUAGGGUGUGGCAGAUGUUUUCACAACCAAGCACAAACUAACCAUUAGCUGGCCCCACAUGUAUGAUGAGGUCCUGUGUUUUCAAUUCAGUGUAACUUCUCUGGUAAAUUGCUACAAUUUAAAUAAAUACAGCUAUUAAAAACCCA